GCACACAUGGAUCUUGGAGACGGAUCGGUCUGGUGGUCGUCUCUGGUGGUGGUGGAACUGCUCGAAAUACUGAGCGAACCUGAGUCUCCUGGGACUGGAUGCAUAUCCCUUCCCCUGUUUCCAGGAUGCAUUCCCAAAGGCAAUCACGAUGUCGGUCUCCUUUGGUGCCUGGUUGAUGACUUGCUUGCACAUCUCGUGGACAGUGCGCUGUCGCUUGCUGUGGAGAUCGAGUCGCUUGAACCGCCGUCGCCGGAUGUAUCGCAGGAAGGAAGCCAACCCAGGGAUCUUGGGACUUGGUGUGGUGCUCAUCCAUUCCUGCAGACCAAGGAUCUUGUGGGUGCUCUGGAUCCACUUGGUCGCCUGGGCG